AUGACGCAUCUCAUCGCGGAGAUCCAGGGUUGCAAAGUCGCGCUGAAUCGGUGGUUACCUCUUCUCCCCAGGGAUAGGGAACUUAUUAUCAGCGUCGGCGCAACGCCACAAGUAUCUUCCUCGCAUAACCUAGUCGAGGAAACCACUUCUUCCCCAGAGGCCGAAGAACUAAAAUCCCUCCUCCGCACCCCGUGUCCCGAAAACGCCGACGUAAAGGUGAAAAUCGAACUUCACGCCGGCAACUACCCCAUCCUAGACAUGCAACAAAUAUCGACCAACGCCCGCGAAAACGCAGGCAAAUUCGAAGACGAAAUCGCCAUGACUGUCCUCGCAGAAGUAUGCAGCGUCUACAACGACAACGAGCGCGAGAAACCCGAAGCUCUCAUCGCGGCCGGAACACUCGCUCUGGGCCGUGAGCCCUGCGCGAAUUAUCCCGGGUGGGGUGUGCUUUCUUCGUGGAGACGGAGGGAAGAUCCUGGUGCGCCGAGGAUGAUUGUUGAUCGGAUUAGCCAGGAACAUGGGAUUGUGGCGUGGGAGACUGGUGGGCAGAGGGGUAUUCCGCUGAAUGUGGGAGAUGUGGUGAGGGUGUUUCCGAAUCAUGCUUGUGUUGCGGCUGCUUUCUUUGGGUGGUAUUUUGUUGUUGAUUCGGAGAGGGAUGGGGAUGGGUCGCAGGUUGUUGAUGUUUGGGUGAGAGGACGGGGGUCGGAUGUUAGUGAUCCGUUUUUGAUGACGAGAUUUCAGUAG